AUGACAGAUUAUAAAAAGCUACGCAAGAAGACAAUAUCUCUCAUCUUAGGAUGGUUUGUAAUAGUAAUAUUAAUGAAUUGUGCGUUUCUUUUUCAAAUUUAGGGAUCUGUGAAUUGUUGGGCACCGGAUGUCAAAUAUAAAUCAAGACUUGAAAAUAAAAUUCGUCAAGCAGAAAGUCAAUAUCCCACUCGUGCGUUUUUGAAAAACUGGAAGAGCAUGCAUGAAGCGAUAGAACAUCGUGCAAGACAUGUUUCAGUGAUUGAAAAAUUAUCCGGGAUAUUAUAUAUUCAAAAACAAUUGUCCGAGAAAAGUGGAACAAAAUGUUUUUUUGACAUUGGACUUAAAGAAGAGAAUCAAAAAUUGGGACGUCUGGUGUUUGAACUAUAUGAUGGCAUUGUACCACGUACAUGUGAAAACUUUGCAGCUUUCUGUCGUGGAGUAAAUGGAUUGUCAUAUAAACACACUCCGUUUCAUCGUAUUGUUUCUGGCUAUUGGUGUCAAGGAGGAGAUGUCACAAAAUUUGAUGGUACCGGCGGUACUUCUAUAUACGAUGACACAUUCAAUGAAGAAAAGUCUAAUUUACAUCAUGCAGAACCCGGUAUCUUGUCUACAUGCAACAACAAACACGAUUCCAAGUUUAAUCUCACGUUUAAACAUUUGAGAACUGUAGACGACGAUAAAAUUGUAUUCGGCCGAGUAAUAGGUGGAAUAAUGAACAUUUACAAGAUCGAGGAAUUCGGUACGAAGACCGGAAAGCCAAUAAAAUCGGUGAUCGUAUUAAAUUGUGGAAUCCUGUCGAUGAAAUGUGCACAUUAAAGGCUGUCCAAGCUCCAAAUAUGAGCAAACUGCAUUAUAUUUAUGUGUGAAAAUAUAAUUUAUUAUAAAUUCUAACUGUGUGUAUCAAUAAUCGUAACUUCAAUGACAUUUCAGAAAUGAUUUAUAUUAAAAAAAAUUAU